AUUACUGGCGUUCUCCGGUGGAUUUCCCCAAAUUGGCUUCAGAUUCUUCUUCUCCACUCUAAGGCGAGGCUAUUCAUCCAAUUUUCAGAGGCUCUCACGAAGAUUUGGGCUGGCAGCGACGAACUAGGUUUCGCAGUUACUGUUCCUCUUCCUAAUCCUCGAGCUUCACCAUGGAAAUUUGGUAAGUGUGGCUGUGAUUUCUCCUUUUCCCACCUUGUUUGAUGGCGAAGAAAGGAAAAAAGGGGAGUAGAAAUCCCACCCCUCCCCUCCCACUCCUCCAAACAAGAAGGAACUCCAAGAGUUUCUUCAUGGUAUCGAUGAUGAUGUUGUGGAGAUGGUGGGAACUUCUGCUGCUGGGUCUGGGUUUGAUGGAGAAACUGGAAUGUUUGGCGAGGAUGAUGGGGAGAUUAUUGAAAUUGAGGAGAUUAUUGAAAUUGAAUUGCUAAAGGAUAAAAGCAACCCUGCUGAUAUUGAAUUACAGUCCAAAGAGGUGAAUUUGCAAAAAGUUUCUGUUCGUGAAGAUACUAGUGUGCCUACUGCUAAGGGAGUUCCUGGCCUUUGCAGUAACCAUUGCAAUGAGGUGAACUUGGAUAUACCUAUGGCAAACCAGAAGAAAGUUUCUGCCAAGGAACCUGCCUGUGUACCUACUACAAGUUUCGAAGACCAGGCCAUGGACACACCUGUUGUGAAAAAGACCUACGCAUCAGUAUUUGAGAAGAACAGGGCUGAGGAGAAAGGAAUGAAAUUGUUCCAUCUGGAAAUGGGAGAGGAUGAAGAUGUUUGUAUUCAACCCGAAGACUUAAAACCCAUUGAGGAGAUUUGGGGUCCUUGCCUCAUAGGAUGCUUUACUAGUAGGUUCCCAGGGCUUGAACCUAUCCAGCAUCUUGUGGAUACUUGGAAGGUACCCUGCCAAAUCCUCCCACACCAUAGGGGAUUGGUCAUCUUCAAGUUUUUGACCAUGGAGGAUAGGGAUAAAGUGCUGAAUUCUGGAAGAAGAAGGGUCAACAGCAAAAAACUUCUUCUCAAUAUCCCACAGGAUGGUUUCAUGUGGAAUGCUAAAUCCUUUUCGGCCAUGCCUGUGUGGGUUAAACUCUUGGAUGUUCCAAUGCAGUUUUGGUCCCCUACUAGCUUAUCCAAGAUUGCUUCAAAAUUGGGUAAACCUCUCUUUACUGAUGGCCUAACCAACAUGGUUGCAUCCAAGAUGACUCUUGAAACCGAUCCCGAUGAUAAGGUACCCUACAAAAAACCAAACUUUUGUAGAGUCCUUGUGCACAUGGACCUUUCCAAGCCACCCCCAACAUCGGUCAAUGUGAAAUAUCCUGGAGGUUAUUACAGUCAACUUGUUGAGUAUGAGGAGUUGCCUCUCUACUGUUACCACUGCGAAUCUUUUGGCCACACACCUUUUGAUUGUAAUGACCUAUAUGACAUUGAAAGAAGGAAAACCAUGGAGGAGCAAAGGGUGUUGGAGAAAGCUAAAGUGGAAUUGAUGAAAAAGACAAUUAUGGCCGAGACAGAGACUCCACAGGAGACCAAAAACACCCCUACUUUGGAUGAAAAUAUGGCAACCAAGGCUAAGGAGAAGGAAGCCAGGUCCAAAGGGAAGGCGGCCCUAUUGGAGGUAAACACCACAGACCCAUCUCCAUCCUUCUCUAAACUUGAUGAUGAUGAUGAGUUUACCGUUGCGGGAAAGGGGAAACUAACAACACAUCCUUUAAAAGAAACCACCCAAGCGCCAAAACAACCUCCCUACAGAAGGGAGACUAGGGGGACUGGCCGUGGACAGAACCAUGGGUACAGAGGGGGCACUAACAGAGGAAGGGAAAGGAGCCAGGCCCAUGAAGGUACUAUGCUGGAACAUUAGAGGCCUUAACAGGGCCUCUAAACAAACUUUUUUGUGUAAAUAUCUUUUUGAUCUUGGUGUGCACCUAUGCUGUAUUUUGGAAACCAAGAUGAGCAAACAUAAGCUCAACCUUUUUGUCAAAAAAUAAGCUACCUUCCUGGUCCUCAACGAAUAAUUCUGCAAUGAUAAA